AUGCUUUGUCCGCUCACCAUGCGUCCUGCUAGCCCUGCUGAAUCAGAAAUCUCCGUCGGUGGCGCACCCAGCCCAUUGCCCCACCACCAAACAGCAGCCGCUGCAGGUCUGACACGCACCGGCGCCGAGGAGUAUUUCCAACCACUGAAACGCCUGCGUAUGUCCAGCAGCGAAAUGGAGGAGUCGUCAACGGCGAAUCGCACACCAAGUCCGCUGCAAACGCACAGCACUACACUACCGCCACCCGCACCAACGUCCGCGACCACAGCAACAGCGAAUGCCGCCGCGACAGGCACCGCUGUUAAAUCGAAUAUUGAAGGUGUGAAAAGCUUUACCAUUGCUGAUAUUUUGGGUCAUGAGAAGCGCGCCACGUCCACUUCGCCACCCUCACAGCUGGCAACGGUGACGGCACAGCAGCAGCAUGCUGCGACUACACCCACACGCCCGUUGUUGGGCGCCAGCGGUCUGUUGCAACCACGCACCGAGCCGCUGGAUAUGGUAAGCGCUGCUGCAGCGGCUGCCGCUGGCAUGCCACAUCAUAUGCUUUUGCCGGGCGCGCAAAUUGUACGCCCCUGGGAUCAUUUGUUGGGCCCGAUGCCAGUGCGUCCCUUUAUACCCUCAGCACUGUUGCACUAUGAACAGCGCUUGGCGCUGGACUAUCAUCGGCAAUUGCAGGAGCAUUUUAAUGCCCAAGCGCAGCUGUUGCGUCACAUGGGCAUGGAUAUGAUACCGUCCGAAAGUGGUUCGGAGCGCUCCAGUUCGGCGGCUAGCGAUUGUUGUUCGCCGGAAAUUGCCCGCUCGUCGGGGGAGCCAUCGACCGGGGCGGCGCAAUCGGCGACGGGUGAGCGCGAUCGGGAACGCAUUUCACAUACCUCAACUUCAGGAAAUGGCGGGGGCAAUAAUAUGGGAAGCAAUAGUGCUGGCUGCGGCAGUGGUGCAAAUAACGAUAAUGCGGCGAACAAUGGCUCGAAUUCGAAAGGCAAGCCAAAUGGAACGCCCUUGGAUGCGCUCUUUCAGAUGACAACAAAAGACUUUGAUGAAGCACAAGGAAAUAGGAAAGCCGUUAUAGCUUAG